AUGGACGUCUACAUAUCUGACCAAUUCAUCCCACCAGAGUUCAAGAUGUAUGACGGGACGACUGACCUUGAAGCACACGUGAAAUCCUUCACUAACGCUAUGGCCUUUCGCACCGGGUGCGAUGCUAUUUGGUGUCGAGCGUUCUCUCUAUCCCUUGAGGGAGAAGCCCUGGAGUGGUUCAAUUCUCUCCCAAAUGAUUCUAUCGAAAAUUCAAGAGCUUGGCAAGGCAAGGACGAGUCGCUCAAGGCCUCUAUGGAUCGAUACCAGAAAACCGUACAGCGAGUUAAGAAUAUCAGCCUCAAGCUGGUCGUCCAGUAUGUAAUGCACGCCUUAAGGCCCGGCCUAUUCAAGGGCAGCGUCUAUCGCCCCCCUCCUAAGACCAUGGAGGAAUUGCGUCAACGCGCGGAGGACGAAGUUCGGGUAAAGGAUAUGAAGCAAAAUUACCGAAGAAAAAAGCAAGAAGCGAAGGCAGAUAGGACCGACGGAAAGAAAGAAGGCUAA